UCCAAGCUCGUGUUUCCCAGCUCAGUCAGCAAGAUGUCUCCCAGCGCCCCUCCAAUCCUUGAUUUCUCCGUGUUCUACGGCGGCGAUAGUGCUGCAAAGGCACAGCUCGUCGAUCAGAUUCGCGAAUGCUGUCUGUACAAUGGCUUCUUCCAGAUCACGGGCCACCGCGUACCGCGCGAGCUCCAGCAGCGCGUCAUGAGCUGCACGAAACGAUUCUUCGAUCUUCCUCUCGAGGAGAAGGUUUUGGUUGACAAGAAUCAUAACACUUGGAACCGUGGCUACGAGUUGCUCCGAUCGCAGAUGCUCGAAGUCGGCACCGGGCCCGAGUUGAAAGAGGGAUACUACGUGGGCGAGGAGAUUCCCGAGGACCAUCCCUAUUUCGUGCAGAAGAAGCUGAACAGCGGCCCCAACCAGUGGCCGCCUACGGUCCCCGACAAGGAGGAGUUCGAGCGCACGACCAUGGAAUACUACCACGCGGUGUUCGAUCUGGCCAAGGACGUGCUGGGCGCGUUGGCGCUGACGCUCAACGUGUCGGAAGACUACUUCGACCCAUUGACCGACGGAGCGGUCGCCACGAUGCGAUACCUGCAUUACCCGGCCCAGCCGAAGGAUGCGGACGAGAAGCUGAACCGGGGCAUUGGCGCACACACCGACUUUGGUUGUAUUACAUUACUGCUGCAAGACGAGGUUGACGGGCUGCAAGUUCUGGACGCGCCGACCGGCGAAUGGCUCGAUGUCGAGCCCGUGCCCGGCGCCUAUGUCGUCAACCUGGGCAACCUGUUCAUGCGCAUGGCCAACGACCGAUACAAAUCGAACAUCCACCGGGUGAUCAACAAGUCCGGCAAGGAGCGCUACAGCAUCCCGUUCUUCUUCAGCGGGAACCCGGAUUACCUGUGCGAGUGUCUGCCCAACUGCCGGCAGCCGGGCGAGGACCCCAAGUACCCGCCGAUCACGGUCGAGGAGAUGGUGACGGCGUCGUACAAGGAGAGUUACGGGCGGGCGGAGAGGUACAAGCAGGAGAUGAAGGCGAAGAUGGAGACGAAAGGCGUGAUCUUCGACGACCCGGACGUGCAGCAGUUCUACGGCACGUCCACAACGGAAGCAUACCGGCUCAAGUCGGAACUGGUCGGGCGAUGCAUGGAGGAGAUCGGGAUGGGGCGCUUCCAAUGGAAACUCUUCGUGGUCACGGGGUUUGGAUGGAUCGUGGAUAAUUUCGCAUCCCAAGGCAUCAGCGCCGUGCAACCGCCCAUCGAACUCGAAUUCCCCGGCAUCGUGCAGGUCAGCUAUAGCUCGGUCGCCUACUACUUCGGCCUGAUCCUGGGAGCGUCUUUCUGGGGCAUUUCCAGCGAUCUGAUCGGCCGCAAGCCCGCGUUCAACUGCACGUUGCUCAUCGCGGGAAUCUUCCUGUGUGGUGCAGCGGGGACGAUGAACUUCGUGGGGUUCAGCGCGAUGUGGGCGAUGGUGGGCACGGCGGCCGGGGGGAAUGUGCCGGUGGAUAGUAUGAUCUUUCUGGAGUUUGUGCCGGGGAGUCACCAAUGGCUGCUGACUGCGCUCUCUGCGUGGUGGAAUCUGGGCCAGCUGAUUGUCUCGCUGGUGGCGUGGGUGUUUCUGGCCAACUUCAGCUGUGCGGCGGAUUCGACGCCGGAGACGUGUCGUCGGGGGGAUAAUAUGGGCUGGAGAUACACACUCAUAACCCUGGGCAGCCUCUCGCUGGCCUUCACCCUCAUCCGCACCUUCGUGUUCAAACUCCCCGAGACCCCGCGAUACCUCCUCUCCAAGGGCCGCGACCAAGCCGCCGUGGACGCCGUCAACCACGUCGCGAAGGAGAACGGCAAACCGCCGCCGUUGACCCUGAGCAUGCUGCAGGACAUCGACGCCCGACUCGGCAUACCAACCACGACGUCGGCCGCCCUCUCGACGACCGAAAUCCUCCGGGAGAACAUGAAAGACUUCAAGGGGGAACACUACCGCGCCCUCUUCGCCACCAAGUUGCUGAGCAGACACACCGUGAUCAUCUGGGGAAUCUGGCUGACCAUCGGAAUCGCCUACCCGCUCUACUUCAACUUCCUGCCCUCCUACCUAGCCACGAAAUUCGCCUCCUCGGCCUCGCUAACAACCACCUACCGCAACUACUGCAUCGAAUCCGCCGUCGGCGUCGUCGGCCCCCUGUCCGCGGCAUACCUGGUCACCACGAUCUUCGGCCGCAGAUGGAUGAUGGGCCUCUCGUCCGUCGUCACGGGGGUGUUCCUGUUCGCCUACGUGGGCGUCAGCAACCCGACGUCCUCGUUGGCGUUCGCGUGCGUCACGGGCAUGUUGGGGAAUUUUGAAUACGCAAUCAUGUACGCCUUCACCCCGGAAUCCUUCCCCGCGCCUCACCGCGGCACCGGCACCGGCACGGCGGCGAGCCUGCUGCGCUUCGGCGGGCUGUGCGCGAGUCUCAUCGCCUCGCAGACGGGGUUCACCCCGGCCCCGAUCUAUGCGUCGGCGGCGCUGUGGGUGGUCGUUGGGGUGGUGUGUUUGGGGUUGCCGUUUGAGACGGCGGGGCAUGGCUCGAUUUAG